AUGUGGCCAGGCACGCUGCGAUUCGUGCUGCAUGAUGGUGUCCAAGCUGCGCUGCAUGCCGGACGUGCUGUUGUAGCGCUGGAGUCGACUAUUAUCACGCAUGGACUCCCAAGACCCCUGAAUUAUGAGAUGGCCGUUGCAGCGGAGGACCAAAUCCGCCGUGUGGGUGCCGAGCCUGCCACCAUUGCCAUCUUGGAUGGGCGCGUGCACAUUGGACUAGACAAGACACAGCUGGCACGCGUCGCAGAUAGUGAUCCAUCGCACACUACUAAAGUGGGGCGUGGAAGCCUGGCACAUGCGCUAUCUCAGGGUAUGGGCUGGGUCGGUGGCACCACAGUCAGCGGCACCAUGGCUCUUGCACAUCGAGCCGGUAUACGUAUAUUUGCCACGGGUGGCAUUGGAGGCGUUCAUCGUGGAGCUGAAAGCUCGAUGGAUAUUUCCGCUGAUUUGACAGAAUUGGGUCGCACGCGUGUGGCCGUAUUCUGCUCGGGAGCCAAGUCGAUUCUCGACAUUCCAAGGACGCUCGAGUACCUCGAGACACAAGGUGUGCCUGUGUUUACAUUCCAUGCUUCAGGUGAAUUUCCAAAUUUUUAUACGGCGUCGUCGGGCUGCAAGGUCCCUGUGGUAUCGAGUGUGGAUCAUGCGGCCCGAAUCGUAGCCGCGAAUGAGCAAUUGGGUCUCGAGAACGGCAUUGUAUUUGGCGUACCCAUCCCUCGUGAAUUUGAGGCAAAUGGCCAGGAAAUUCAGCUAGCUGUGGAACAGGCCGUACUUGAAAGCAAAGAACUGGGGAUCGAUCGGCUAGGCAAGCAAGUCACACCCUGGCUGCUACAGCGCGUAAGCAGCUUGGCCGCACACUCAGUGCAGAACAAUGUAGCAUUGGUGCUGAACAAUGCACGCCAUGCUGCAGAGUGCGCUAUGUCACUAGCGGGGCCCAGAAAGUCUACAGUCGCACAGGUGCAUGCACCCAAAAAGGCACGGAUUAUGGUAAUCGGUUGUGCUGCCAUGGAUAUUACGGCGCUGGCGCUGGAGCCAUCGCUCUCUGAUCCUUCUACCGCACCUGGAUCAAUUGACAUGACUGUGGGUGGUGUGGCUCAUAAUAUUGCAAGAGCUGCCCAUGCUAUGCUCGAGGAUAAGCGGGCUGUGGUGUUGGUAGCGCCCAAAGCAGAUGACAUCUUAGGACGUCUUAUGCAAGACGACAUGCGCGUAUCUCGUAUGCGAACUGACGCACUUAUUCAGAGCGCUCGCACGCCAACGUGCAAUCUUGUGCUGGACGCGAACGGCGAACUUGUCACGGGAAUAGCCGACAUGCGCGUAUUAGACGAGAUAAUGGUGCCAGAGGUCGUUGCAAUGCGCUUGCAGCAGCACCAGCCUAACUUUAUCGCACUAGAUGCGAAUCUUCAGCCAGCGUCUCUGGCCGCGGCAUUAGCCUAUGCAACCAAAGAACGAGUUCCUGUGUUGUACGAACCGACAUCUACGGCCAAGUGCCAUCGAAUCCUGGAUGCCAUGCAGAUGCUGCAACGCGCUCAAAAAAUUCAAAUUGUGACGCCGAAUCAAUACGAGCUCGCUUCAAUGGCAGAACGUUUGCGAACCACGUUCCCACGAGAGCCCACGAACCAUGUCGAUGCCGUAAUUCGUGCCACGCGAUUACCGCCUGCCCUCAUUCAAGACGCCUUCAUGAUGACACAUGUGGCCCAGAUCCAACUGAUAAAAUUGGGAGGUCUCGGUGUGUUAUUGGUGAUGCAAGGACAAGGCGCCCAGCACCAUUUUGUACACGUACCUGCCCUGCCUAUGGACCAUGGCAAACCAUUCGUGAAUUCCACUGGAGCUGGUGAUUCAUUUACUGGAGCUAUUUUAGCACGAAUGAGUACUAUGAGCACGUCUUUCGAUCAAAUCACUUUGGAAGACAUGGUCGAUCUCGUCAACAUCGGACAGAGCGCUGCUCAACGCACUCUCACCUGUAAAGAAGCCGUAGCUCGCUCGAUGGGAGCAUAA